AUUAUGCUGUGUGCUCUGAUUCUCUUGUCUGGUCUCCUGGGGGCCGCCAACGCCAGCCCCAUCUCGGGCCCCCAGGAGUGUGCCAAGGGCUCUGAGGUAUGGUGUCAGGAUCUGCAGGCAGCUGCGAAGUGCCAGGCUGUGAGGUUCUGCCAGAGUGCUGUCUGGAGCAAGCCCACAGUCAGGACCCUGCCCUGCAGUAUAUGCCAGGAUGUGGCAGCCGCUGCUGGUAACGGGAUGAACCCAGAUGCUACAGAGUCUGACAUUUUGGCAUCGCUAAUGAAGACCUGUGAGUGGCUUCCGAGCCUGGAAUCUUCAGCUAAGUGCAAGAUGAUGGUGGGCAUCCAUAGCACAGCUGUUCUGGGCAUGCUCAGUGGAACCGCAGGGAGUGCCCUGGCUCCAGUGUGUACUGCGCUCACCCUCUGUGAGCCACUGCAGAGGUACCUAGCCACUGCCACCUCAGAGAGCCCGCCAACCCAAGAGGAUGCCACUGAGGUGAUGGCUCCAUUCUUGUCCAAUGGGGCCCUCAGCUUCCACCCAUCACAGAUGCUUGGGGGUGCUGUAUGCCAAGAUUGUAUCCAGCUGAUCUCCCGACUCCAGGGUUCUCUGGAGUCUAACUUGACCUCAGCAGAGGUAGCUGUCCAGGAUCAGUGUGAAUCCCUGGGACCUGGCCUGGUUGCGCUCUGCAAGAACUACAUCCGCCAGCAGUUUGUCCCCGCUAAGCAAAUGCUGCAGAUUCUCCACCCACAGGAGGUCUGCAGGAAGGGGGGCUUCUGUGAGGAGCAGAGAGAGCCUGCCCACCGGCUGGCUCAAAUGGCCGCUGUGAAUGGAGUCCCCUCUCUGGAGAUGGAACUGCCGAGGAAGAAUGAGAUGCAGAUGCAGUUGGGUCUGACCUGCGAUGUGUGCUUGAACGUGAUCCAGGAGAUGGACAAGUGGCUCAUGACCAACAGCACAGAAGCCCUCGUCACCCACGCUCUGGAACGAGUAUGUUCCAUAAUGCCCGAAUCUCUGGUCCAGCAGUGCAUCACCCUGGUGGAGACCUACAGCCCCAACUUGGUACAGCUUGUGACCAGGGUCACCCCAGAGAAAGUGUGUGAGACCAUCCGGCUGUGCAACAACAGAAGGCAGGCCAGAUCCAUUUCCAGGGCUGAGGCAACCACACCAGCCCUGCUGGUGGAUGAAGAAAACCAGGGCAGCUUUUGCCAAGGAUGCAAAAGGAUACUGGGCGUAUCUUCCCAGAAUCUGGAUCGCAAGAGCACCAAGCGGGACAUCCUGAAUGCCUUCAAAGGUGGUUGCCGCAUCCUGCCGCUGCCGUAUGUGCUGCAGUGCAACCGCUUCGUAGCGGAAUAUGAACCUGUGCUCAUAGAGAGCCUCAGGUUUAUGAUGGACCCCACGGACCUCUGCAAGAAGAUGGGGGCCUGCCACAGCCCCAAGGUCCCGCUUCUAGGCACGGAUCAGUGUGUCAUGGGCCCUAGCUUUUGGUGCAAGAGUCCAGAGGCUGCUGAGAUGUGCGACGCCGUGGAACACUGCCAGCGUCUUGUGUGGAAAAAGCCAGCUUCUGGAGUCAAAGAGCAGCCAUGA